CCCGCGCAUGUCAACUGGAACGCUACAUUUUGGCAUGGUGGGGCAUUUAUGUCUUACUAAUCCUGAUUAUAUGGACUUCUCACAGUGUAUAAAUCUUACUUCGUUCAAUUCUGCAGACUACAGUUGAAUCAAUUCCAAGUCCGUCUGUCCGUCCGUCCACAAAAGAAUUAAAUGGCACUGUUAGGAUAUAUUGGAUCUCAGAUACACGAACAAUCUUUGAGUAUUUUUGAAAAUACUUUUGGUGGAGAUCUUAUCACCCUUCCGUCUAUACAACCACCACCUCUAGAGAAAAUAAAAUGUAUGCAAUGCAGCGAAUCUAUGGAUUUCUUAAUGCAAUUAUACUGUCCAAUUGGUGAUUCUGAAUAUCAUAGAAACUUGUACUUCUUUGUCUGUUUAAAACGUCCGUGUCAAGUGAGUGGAAAUAAUUGGAGAGUUUUACGCUCUCAAUGUAUCGCAGAUAUUGGUGAAGAUUCUAAAUCGAAGUCAUGCACAAGUUGGUGCGCGGAAUUCGGUGCUGAGGAUGAUGAUGAUGAGGCUUCUGAUGGAGAAAGUUGGGGUCCUGUGACGACCAAUAAUACAAAAGAGGUUAAAUGUAAAUCAGAAGAAAAAGUGACUGAAGGUAGUAUCUCUUGCAUCAAAGGUCGUUUCCAGUGUCAUCCAAUCGAUAUAUACGAAGACAGCACAAAUAUUACAGAAAGUAUACUCGACAAUAAUGAAUGUGACAGCGAACCACCAGUAGAGGAGGAAUCAUCAUCAUCCGUUAAACAUUUCCUCUCUAAAUAUUCCGAGAAUGUACAAAUCGAUAAAGAAUUCAUUGAAGAAGAUGACAAUACACUUCCUGGAUCAUUCAGUGAUACUUUGCUGGCAUAUCUAUCCAAUAGAGGAGAGUAUGGUUGUGAAGAUAUACGUUAUUGUUGGUCUGGUCAACCUAUUUUCAAUGGUCUCCCUCCAAGAAAUGAUUUAAUUCAAUGCUUAACAUGUCCACGAUGUACUGGGGAACGUGUUUUUGAACUGCAAAUAUUUUCUACAAUAAAUAAUUCUUUAAAAGUGUUACCUUGUAAAGAAGAGUCGCACUGUCAGGAACAUUCCACUCAUGACGAUGUUGAUGAUGGCGACGGCGAAUUACUGACUUCUAAAUCAUGGUUGUUAAAUAUUAUUACAGUCCUGGUGUUUACAUGUCGUAAUUCUUGUUGGAAAGAGACAGAUGAUUGGAUAGAAGAAUGUGUGAUUGUACAGACGGAUGAGAAUGUGACAAAGAUUAAUAAUCCAAUAAAUUAAUAUUAUACAUAACCCCAU